AUGGAGAGGGAAAUUCCACCAGAGCAGAAAAGAGAUGUAGGUAUGGAGAGGCAAAAGGAGGUGGAGAGAGCGAGAGAGAGGGAGGAGCAGGAUCCUGAAAGAGGGGAAGGGUGCCAGGGGGUCGCCAGUUACAGAGGGGAACAGGUUGAGCUGUCAUUCAGUGCCAGGAAUAGAAAAGGACCUGCGAGUUGCAGUGCAGCUCCCACAGGCAGAGAGAACCAACAGGGACUGCCAACAGCGCAUUCCUAUUCAGACGGUUUGCUAGCGACACGACAGCCACAGCAACAACAGAGUCUGCUUCGACUUUCUUCUCAACAAGACACCCGGGGUGGAAGUGCCAGCAGACGACUCAAACAACCAACGACCCAAAUCAAAAGGAACGCCACUGGACGCGGUGCCACAAACAGGCCCUCUCAGAGUUCCAGCUCCAGCAUGGGAAGUGAACUUGAUGAUGCAGACAAUGAAGUGAAGUGGUUUACAGACUUGGCUUUCCGCAGCCUGUCCAGCCCUGAAGUAGAUUACCUUGACAUGUACAACUCCAGCCAUCGUUCUUCAACCAAUAUUUCACAACCAUCCACCCAGGAGAGCCCAGCUGGAAUUAAUGCAGCCUGGCUGGCCUAUGCUGACUUAAGAGGUUCUGCACCAAAGCUUGACCACGAUGAGCUCUCCUUUCAGCAACCAUGUUCUUACUACCCAGAGGGACUUGAUCCAUCUAGGCGAUAUGAGCUGGGCAGCUUUGAAUGCAUUGAUGUUGCACUGGAAAGAGAAGACUCCAAGAAGCUGAAAAAAGGAGUGCCAAAGAGACAGAUCCAGCUGAAAAGAAAGAACAAUGGUGAAGGGAGGCAGGAUGAGAGCAGUGACAAUAGCAGCCCCGGGCUACCUGUGUUGAGGGAGAGCCCUUCUCAAGAGAAUCACCUAAGAGGGACCUUUCUGAGGCAACAUAGCACACCAGCAGCAAUGCAAGAAUGCUACCCCUCUGAGACCAACAACCAAAAGAAAAGACAGUCUAAACUCCAGAAAUCUGCUUCUAUGGAUGAAACAUGCUCUAAAACCAAGAUGGCUUCAUGCCUCAUCAAGAGUGUGUUGUCUAAGAAGAUGCAAGGUGUUGACAGACAAACUGAUGAGGCAGCAGGUGACGAGGGGAGCCCACCAACGGAGAACAUGUUGGUACCACUUAAAGAGUCACCAAAACCAGACCCAUAUAUUCUUAGUUCAAGUCUUCAGUCAGAUUAUAGCCUGUCGUCCGAGGGUUUUGCUGUAAGAGGGGAGCCAGGCACAAAGGAUGAUGCCAAAUCACCCAAAACCGUUGGAUUAAGAACCGGGAACAGGCCAAGCUCAUCCAGCAGCAUCAGAAGUGUAACAUUUUCCCAAACUGACAGUGAAGAUGCGGAUUCUCAAGUCAGGAAUGCAACAUUGUCAGGAUCAGAGGUAAAAUCGGAAUUAAAAGUGCCUUUUGAUAGUAAACAGUCUAGAACUGUAUUGCAGCAUGCCAAAACACAUAAAAGGGAGGGAGGCGAGACGGCAAAUACCAAAUCUUCUGCCAGUGGAACCAGGAACACACGGGCCAGAGUGACAAACAGAGACCAGGAAUGUGAAAACACAGAGGACCACAAACAACUGCUGCAAGGUGACCAGGCUGCCUACACUUCCAAAACCCAAGAGAUUACACUUAAACCCAUGGAGAAAAAGACAGCAUCCCUCAAUGUCUGUCUGACACCUGAGGCAGAAAUAAAAUCCGGGGCUUUUUCACCAGAUGUCUCUGACAGAGAAAAGGAAGCAAAGACUGGCACUGACACGGAUGAGAAAGCAGAGGAAGAGGGACCUGAGAAUGACAAAGUUAAGGUCCCAAUUCACAAAGUUAGAGAUGUGAGGCGGCUUGUAAAAAAUACGUACAAUCUUUCCUUCAAGGCAGCUGGUGCUGUAAUGCCAUCAAAUGUGAAUGAGGAAAGAGUGGAAAGUUUUAAUGAGGACAAAAGGGAUGAGCCCACAGUAAAGGAGGAGAUGGACGUGAUACAGGAGAUCAGGAGGGAGGGAGAGAGAGUGGACAGAGAGACAGCAAACCAGACAGAAGAGAAAUAUGAAAAGAAAGUGGAGAGAAAAGAUUCAAAGACCUUAUCUUCUACAGCUAAGGGCAAUGGGAAUUUUCAGUCUGGUUUACAACCAAUGCAAAUAGAAUACAAGGCUGUUUGCUGGAAAAAUGACAAGAAUAAAAUGUCAACUGUUAGGAAAGACUUGGGUGAGAAACCCCAAGCCUCUUGGAAAUCUCUCACAGAGGUGAACGAUGAAUCUCAGCCUGUGAAUGCAAAUGUGUCAGAUAACAAAGCUGGUACCAUGACUCAGAACCUUUCUGACCAUGCCACAAACAUUUCAGCAGAAACAAAAGAGAUUGCGACAGAAAUCCAUAAAGUGUCAGAGAGUGAAGACAAACCUGUGGUGACUAGAACAGACAGAAAACCCCCCAUGCUCGGGGGCCUCCCUAAACAGCCCAGUAAGGAAAGAGAGGUGUCCACGGCUGUGGUGUUAAUAAGAGAAAGACCAAACAAAACUAAUAUAUCUUCAGUCUCAGACCAGGAGGCAAUCCCCACCCCAAGCCAAGCUCCAGCUUCACUUUCACCAGGGCCCUCUACCACCAGUGGCCACUCAGUUUCAAUGUUGUUAAAGGAAAAAGGCUACCAAGCUGACAUUGGAGCAGUUGUGGGCAAUACACAGAACACAGCUGCAGGUAAAGGAGUUCCCCGGAAGCAUGUGAACUCUCUGGAGAUCCCCCUUCAGACCACUCCUCCUUCAGAGGGAGCUUUGGAUGAGUCUCACAGAGAGACACUCUCUUCCUUGUCCAACUUUUCAGGCCCCUCUGGAGAAACUGUAAAUACAGACAUCCUAACAAAACCCAAGACAGAUGAAGGAGUUAGCAUGAAGCUUUCAGGAAAAGACAACACAAAGCAGAAAAGGAAUGCGCAGGAUGAAACACCUCCUGUCCCCAAACAGAAAGACGUCGAUUUUGAAGCUGUGAAAAGGCAAGAUCCGACUUUUCCCCCAAGGUCCCCAGCAAUAAGGAGAUUCAAACCACAGCCAAUAGAGGUCAAGUCAUUGUCAAAAGAACCUGUGAAGCAAGAGCUGUCCACAGACACCACAGGAAGCCACAGGCCUCAGGCUAUUGAAGUGAGAUCGAUAGCUAAAAAUGCUCAAAAGCCAGCUGUGCCUCCAAAGCCAAGUUGCAAAUUUAAGACAGCAGAUUUGGAAUCAGUGUCAAAUGAAGCACAGAGAGCUGCAACGUCUUCAACUGGAAAGCCACAAGGUGAAGAGAGGCCUCAAACAAUUGUAGUGAGCUCCCCCACCAUCUACAGGAAGAUUCCCAGUGAGUCUGCACCUGUUUCAAACUAUUCAAGAAAACUGGCUGUGUCUGCAGUAUCCAGCCUCAAACCUCCACCUCACAAAACAACCAACGCCACAGCCUCCAGCGUCUCAGACCAGCCAGCAGCAUCAUCAGACACAGAGCCAUCUAGAGACAGAGCACAGCAGCCACAGCCUCCUGCUUCUCCUCAGAGCUCCACACAUGCACAGAACCCUCUGUCCCUCCCUACAUCAUCAGUCACUGGAUUGGAAGAAACCUCAGCUUCAGAUUUGGUUGUUGGCACCAAACCAAAUCAAAUCCCUGGGCCCCCCCAGGUAGCCAGGCAGCCGGCUUUUGUGGAUCACGAUAUCCAAAUGCAAUAUCCCGGGGCAACGUAUCCCCAUGAGCAAACUAUGCCUUUUCCUUCAAACAAUGCUAAACAACCCACCAUAUCCCCAUCAAAAGUACAGAGAUACGCAAAUCAGCCUUUCUACAGGUCUCUCUCCAAUGAGCGUGGUCAAAGAACAGAUGACCUGCAUUUUUAUGCUUCAGAUGACCCACCUAGCUAUGAUGAAAGGGAGAGCUUCAGUCCACUUUUACUCCCGGAUUUGACUCCUACGAGGCAAAAUCGUCAUCAAUCCACAUCCCGCCCUCCUCCCUGCUCCUGCACAGCUGGCUACCCCUCUCACUCUGUUCCUGUCCCUCCUCACCAUCAUCGCAGCCCCCAUAACCUCACCCCGCCUGCUCCAACACACUCUCCAGGUCACGCGCUACCUUACCCCAUGACUCAGGCCCCUCUUCGUUCCCAUCAGUGCAGACCUGAACCUCAGCCCAUGACCUACCAGCCAGGAUCUCCCAAAUCAAGCCCACUGGGUCCAAACCAGCCCCCCUCCGUGUAUCAGCCUCUCCAUCACUCCGCUCCCUGCCCUCCCCACUCUUCAAUCAUGCAAACUUGCUCUGCUGAACGGCCAUUGCAGCCCAGCCAGCACAUAGACCCUCGAAGGCCCCCCAUGCACAGAUCUCCGCAUCAGCAGCCACAGAACAUUGCCGGGCCUCCUUACAGUGAUACUGGCCACAGCCACUCUCCUGGUCUUCCCCCUAUGGAUCCUCAGUACAUGUGUGGACCUCAAAGUAUGGGGCCUUCCUAUGGUUCUGAAUACGGGGGGGACAGCGCCAGUCUGUACUCAGAGAGCAGCUAUGGACAGACACCACGCCGAGUCCUCCUCGAUCCUGAAACAGGAAAGUAUUUUUAUAUCGAAGUGCCUGUACAGCCUCUGAGGAAAAUGUUGUUUGACCCAGAGACCGGCCAAUAUGUAGAGGUGCUCAUCCCACAGCAAGCCAUGUCACAUUCAGGCCUGUAUCCCCCUUCAGCCGCCCCCUUCCCGCCUCUCCACAACCCCAACAUGUAUGCCUCCGCUCCACAGUACAUGCCCUGUGCGGCCCCCCCUCCCUUAGCCCACCCUCAGGCACAGUCUCAGCCACCUCGAUACCCUGAGGUCUCUGCUGCAGCAGCAAUACACCCAAGUGGGCCUGGGGUCAGCUACAGGAAUCCAGCAGGUCAGGGGUCCAAACCAGAGCCCCAAAAUCACCCAGCGUUGGACCACGGCUACCUGGAGAGUAUGUAUUACGUCCCAACAGGGAUGAAUGCGAGCCCAAAUCCCACCCCACCUGACUAUUACCACAAACAUCCUCCUAACUUACCCCCAAUAGGGGGGAAAAGGUCUUGA